AUGCUUCAAGGCUCGUUGACGCUCCUCGAUCCGGAAGGACGGAUGCGAGCAUCCGGAAUCGCAACGUCAUCUCGCAGCCCCAAGGUGGGAGCCGAUCAUCGUUACCGCCGCCUUGGGGGGGAUCCCUUUUUCUCGUUCGCCCUGUCUGCGGCGUAUACGGAGCAGCUCUGGCCAUGCCGAGGCGGCCUGAUCCCUGCCGGCUAUGUCGUGGCAGAGCCCGUACCUCACCGGCCCUUGCCGCGUGCUAAGCACUUGCGUGUGCACGUACAUGCAGAGAACGGGGAGAACCGAGGAGUGACCGCCAUUUCCGGGCUCGGCCGCAUCGAGGACGAAUCUGCUGAUGUUCCGCGCCCCGACGAGGUCCGGUCCCGUACAAAGCACGCAAGAGUGCGUCGAGUCCUGGCCCGAGGAGAUGAGCCCUGGACUCGGCAUGCAUCCAUGGCCUUGAAAUGGACAGUCGUUUCGGGCAAACAUCAAACAUCCGUGGCCUUGGAAGGACAGUCGUUUCGGGCAAAGCCAUCGGACGAGCAUGCCGGACAGCCCUGUUCUCGAUUCGUCUCUGCCAACUCCCCAUGGCAGGCCUUUGCCACGCGGCAGGGUACCGUUGGACCUCCUCAUCAGCCUUGA